AUGCCUUCAAUACAAAUCUACCUCGCCGACCUGGCGUCUACGAACCAACUUAUAAGGCAAUCAGGGGAGUAUAACUUGCGCUUGUGCAUGACUCUCCUCGAUAUUCUUCGAACAACAUAUAUAUAUGCCGAGGAGAUGUAUUGUUUAUUCAGGAAAGCAGUUUACAAGCCCAACAACAAGUUGCUGCAUAGGCCGCUUUCUGAGCCCAUGUCCGGUCUGUGGACGGGAUCGGAGCAAGAGAGCAUUACCGCUAGUCAACCCGGUUUCCUUGCCGGCGAGGAGAAUGGCGAAACAAUACCGGCUCAACUAUUCUAUUUGGAUGUUCUGGGGAUGGUAAACGUGUGA